GAGGCUCUGUUUCCGGUCCGGAGGAUUCGCAAAGCAGAAGUCACUCGAAAGGGAUUAGCUAGCUUGCUAGCAGCUGAAAUAUUUUUAGAUGUGGGAAUUAAAUUAGCUACUUGGAGCAUUGCCGGCAUAUUGAGCAUACACAGUUGAAGCCCAGCUGUUACCAUGGCAAUCCUGUUUGCUGUGGUGGCUCGUGGAACUACUAUCCUGGCCAAGCACGCCUGGUGCGGGGGGAACUUCCUGGAAGUCACGGAGCAGAUUCUGGCCAAGAUCCCCUCAGAGAACAACAAGCUGACCUACAGCCAUGGCAGCUAUCUCUUUCAUUACAUCUGCCACGACAGAAUCAUAUACCUGUGCAUCACUGAUGAUGACUUUGAGAGGUCUCGUGCAUUCACCUUCCUCGGUGAAAUCAAAAAGCGCUUCCAGACAACAUACGGGUCCCGAGCACAAACAGCCUUACCCUACGCCAUGAACAGUGAGUUCUCCUCCACACUGGCGGCACAGAUGAAACACCACUCAGACCCUCGGGGUUCAGAUCGUGCUGCUGAGGCUCAGAUGCAAGUGGAUGACUUGAAGGGUAUUAUGGUCCGCAACAUAGACUUGGUAGCUCAGAGAGGUGAAAAGCUGGAGUUGCUGAUUGACAAGACAGAAAAUCUGGUUGACUCAUCGGUCACGUUUAAGACCACGAGUCGGAACCUCGCACGGGCCAUGUGUAUGAAGAAUUUGAAGCUGAUGGUUGUCAUUGUACUGGUGUGCCUGGUGGUUAUUUACAUCAUUGUGUCUGCUGCCUGUGGAGGCCUCAGUUGGCCUUCAUGUGUCAAAAAAUGAGAAUGGAGUGAGUGUAAAAGAGGAGAUAAUGGAACAGGGGCAAGAAGGAGAAGUGCCUGUUCAGCUUUGCUUGCCAAUGGACAAAAGAAAAUGCAACGUUCAUCUUCAAAACUGCUGGGAGACACAUGCUUCCUCUUCUCCUCCUCCAGCCUCCUUCCUUGCCCCCGAGUCUGCACAUUUAUUUGCCUUCAGGACCGGGAGUCCCACCUCGUACCCACACUAAUGGACAGCUGCCUCCUGGACUAAGAUGUGGAACAAUAAAUCCUGUUUUGUGUUUGUGUGGUGCAUUCAUCCCUGUGGUACUUUCAGGCACUUGUUGGCCUGAUUGUAUCAUUUUGUGAUACUGUCCUGCACAUGUCCAUAUAAUUAAUCCGUUCAAAGAGAUGAGCCACAGACACAAAAAAAGUAGAUUUUGUUUGAUUUUGUUUGAUUUGCUUUGUUAUGCUUUACUUUUGAUGUCAGCAACAACAUGGGACCUGAAAGUGUUGGUAGCAUCCAUGUUGUGCUGCGGGGCGUAAUGUAGUGCCAGGUCCUAAGUUACGUAAUUGAAAGCUAAUUUUCUUUUUGACUAAACUGAUGCAGUGUACAUAUUUUCUGAGUUAUUUUCUGAGUUUUCAGAGCACAGUAGUGACUUCAAAAAUAGAUGUUGUAAAAUGCCAGAUAUGAUGAUACAAUACAUAUUGUACAUUUGCUUGAUUUUAUUGAUAUUUAAUGGUUCUUUUAAAAGCAGGUCUAAUUUAUGUGAGGAUUUUAAUUCUUCCUGCCUGUGGACCUGAAUGGAGGCUUCAUUUUUACCCUUUAUUUUUUUUAGGAUGUUCAGUUUGACAGUUUUCUCUUUCUGUUACCACAAAGCACUUUUAUUUUUUAAUUGUACAUAGAUUUCCUUCCUGGUAUCAUAUCGCUUAUGAUCAUUGUAAUAAUUUAACUACUGUACAUCAUAUUUAAAUGAAUAAAAUCUGAUUGCAUCAUGAUGAUGAGCUUCAAACCAACAACACAAAAAUGGGUGUUUUGGGAAGUUAUUUUGAAAUUUAUGUAACACGAGAUUGUAUGUUAGUUUCAUACUACUUUGGAUCAAAGGCACAAAUAAAUGUUAAAAACUGUCAUAGAAAAUCUAAUAUAAUAAACUAUCUUCAUAUACCUAAAUAAAGAGAAGGCUCCAACUUUGCACUAUUAUCCAUCAUAA